GCUGCGCACACCGCCCUCUCUGCCCACUACUAGUACUCCUGGAGUACUACUCUCUCUCACCUUAGUUGUUUCCUCCUGCCCUGCCGUCCCGUCGCCAUUAUUCCCCCGGCCCGGCCGCCCCCCUCCUCCCGCAUUCACCAACCCAUCCAAGAAAACGAAGAAAACAAGAAACUCCAAAGCUCUCUAGUCUUUGCCGUGAGCAAUCGACAGAGAUCUGUUGCAUCCAAUAAAUCGGUGCUACCACUCCUGCUUAGGCUAUAUGGCUGAGACGGGAGGCGCACGUUGUUUGCAUGCAAGCCUUGAUGUGUUGGCUUCUGAUGUUCACUCCAGGCUGGAGUUCCACAAGAGUGCCUAUACGGACUACGCCGGCAUCAACAAUGCGCUUCACUGGGUCAUGGAGGAAAAAGCAAAGCUUCAGCUACAACAGAAUGCUGUCACUGAAAAGGACAAACUGAUCACUGAAAAGGACAAACUGAUCGCUGAACUGAAAACAAGGAAUGAAGAACAGGCAGCAGAGAUUGAAUCUCUAAAGGAAGAGCUGGAAGUAAGGGAGUCAAGCCAUGUACUAUUAGCACUGCAGGGAAGUGGUCUUCAGAGUAGCCAGUCUGGAAGAAAUAAACGGACACGAGAAUCUGAUGGCAACGGUGAAGUUGCUGAUGAGCAUGGUGUUAUGGACAAUCCUGAUCAAGAUGAUCAAGGUUUAAGCACUGAGCUUGAGAAUGCUAAAAAGGAACUUUCUGAUAUCCACUCUAAGCUGAUCAAGGGAUUCAUGGAUAUUGGUGCUACUUCAACACGGAAUGUUGCAAUAAAGAAUAUAGGCGAAUUGAGCUACAAGCCGUUCCAACAGGCAUGCCUUAAGAAGCUGCCUCCAGAAGAAGCUUCGAAGAAAGCUUCUGAGUUGUACAACUUUUGGCAGAAGCAGCUGCUGAACCCAGAGUGGAAUCCCUCCAAAACUGUCAUGGAGAAAGGUAACCCUAAGGAAGGUAUCUCUAAGGAGAUUGAUGUCGAUGAUGCCGAUCUGCUAAAGCUACGUGCUGAAUGGGGUGAAGACGUGUACAAGGCUGUGGCGAAUUGUUUGGUGGAAAUCGAAAAAUGUGGCAGGCUGACGGACAGAACCAUCAUACCCGUGAUUUGGGAUCAAAAGGAGGACAGGACAGCCACUCGCAGUGAAAGUGUUGAGUACAUGUGCAGCCAAGUGAGGCGUCUGAGAACUCGCAGGAACUGACUUUGCAGGCGCAAGGCAGGCUGGUGGAAGAACAUGGAGGUCUGUCGUAUCGACUCCAUUUUGGAAACAGGGGCAGUAGAAGUAGCAAACCUAUGGUGAGAACUGAAGACUGGAGGAGUCUCAUUUUGUCGAAGAACGAAACCGCAGCUGAUCGUAUGGCAGAACAUUGUCAUGAUCUGUGUGUUAUGUGAUCGUUUAGUACUGCCUAACUACGAACCUUAAAAUAGAUUAACGCAAGCAGCCCUUUUGACCACCGUAUUUUAGCUGUCCUCUUAGUUUCAGUGUUCUCCUGGACUCUCCGGCAGCAAUUCAGCGGCACCUACAUUACUUUGAACUGUAAAGCUUGCUGAUGAGGGGAACUUUUGCAUCGUUGCACUGUCGUGCUGCACUGCAAACGCAAUAUAUUAAACUAGCCUUUUAAA